AUGGUGGCGGCGUUCUUGUCGCGCUACUUCACCGAGGAUGUGGACUACCGCUUCACGGCCAGGAUGGAGGAGCAGCAACUCGACGCUGUUUCGUCCGGGAACAUGAAGUGGAAGCAGUUCUGGCCAAACUUCCACGGCAAAAGUAGCAGACAUGCAACAGGAAAGCAGUUCGAGCAGAGCUUCGCAGGCAUGGGAGGGGCUCUUGUUCUUGGUGCUUAUGUGAUGCUCUGCAUUUCAGCUUGUAUACAGGCAUGGGAAAUGUAUGAGCUCCAGGCUUUGCUUGCGUUUAAAGGAGGUUUAUCAAAUCACACUGCUCUAUCCGGCUGGACAAUGGAUAAUUCUCACAAUCUCUGUGUGUCUUGGGAAGGAGUGACCUGCAGUAAUGUUACUGGUCACGUUAUAAUGCUCGAUUUGGGGGGUCUCAAUCUCGAAGGAAUAAUCAGUCCGGAAGUAUCCAGGUUGAAAAAUCUGGAGGUGCUUGACCUCUCUUUGAAUAACCUGGUUGGCCCUCUACCAAAAGAGUUUGGAAUGAUGAAGAAACUGAAAACGUUGUAUUUGCCAUGUGAAAUUCCGGAAUUUAUUGGCAAUUUAUCAUCGCUCGAAGUUAUUUGGGCUGACAUUGCAUACCCAGGUCAAUUGGGCAGCUAA